AUGGACAAACUGAACAUCUGUAAGGGGCAAAUUGUGCUGCUGGAUUUAGAGGACGAAUGCGUGAUAGGCGAGGUACAACACAUCGGUGCCAAAAGAUCAUUUAUACGGUUGCAAAAUGUCCGCGAUUUUCAAAGCAACUUACCUAUCGCUGGCAAACAGGACUAUUACAGCGCCGAGAUCCGCAACAUAAAAAUCAUCGAGAAAAGUCAACCAGUCGAUACGAAUGAUGAAUCAAAUGUAUCCGCUUCAUCGUCCAUGGUAGCCGAAUCAGUUACUCGUAUCGAUCUGGAAGAUGUCCAGCAAGUUUUCGCCCGGAUUGAAGGGCAUGUUUUCAUACAUCAGACCGACAUGAAGUAUCACGAUGCAAUAAAGCACCUCAAAACGCAAAAGCUGAUUGGUCUAGCCAUGGAAGAUAUUGUCGGUGGACGGCAUGCGAGAACUCCUUCGCUGCUGUCCAUCGCAACGUUGGACCGAAUCUACGUGUUUGAUGUAAUGUGGAUGAAUGUUACUAGUGACAUCAAAACACUGUUGAUUAGUCCGAAGGUGCGACGGGUUGUUCACAACGGCCGACUGCUGGAGGACGUACUGAAACACCGCUUCGAUGCUCCAUUGGGAAAAUACUUCGAUACAUUGGUUGCACAUAUUUCUACCAAUGAAAACUACGACGAUCAACACGAGCUGACAAUCCAGGAGUGUCUUUCGAAGUACCUAAAUCUCCCAAGCAAUUUUUUCGAUAGCACGAUUACUUAUGCCAGUCGCCCGCUGACCGAAACUCAACGCAGGGCUGCGGCCAAAAACGUAGCCUUUCUGCUGAUCUUACAGGACUAUUUGAUACAUGAGGUGAUGUUGAAACAGUUUUAUCAAAGCUGUAAUCACUAUGGCUCUAGUUUGGCUGGGAGUGCCGAACAUUUUGAAAGCAUUAUAAAACUGUCCAAAGGGCGCAAUGAUGAUUUGAACGAUAUUGAUCGGUUUAAGCUUAACAUUCGCACCGAUCAAACCGAUCCCGAAAAUGAAAACUCUUGACCGCUACAGGAUAUAGCUGAGUGAAAUGUAGAAAUGGAUAUUUUGAAAAACAAAAAAAAAAUGGAAAGGAUGACGUUAACAACACAGUAAGUGAUAAUAAAGUCCAUCAACUUUGAUUGAAAAUAAAUUGUGGAAAAGGUUUUGAUUGCUGAAACAUUUAUUUUUC